ACUCACUUGCAGCUGUAUUCAAUGUGUCAUUUCCAAGUGUGCAAAGCAACUCUGCAAGUUUUAGAACUAAUCAACCUUUUGUUCAGAUCUAGUGAAACAGGAAUGUCUUUUGGAAGGGUUCAAAGAUAAAUUCAGGUCAGUGUAGAAAAUAUAAAAUCAUUUUAUUGAAAUACUGAAAAGUAUAACAUCAUUUCAUAAAUAGCCUGGACUGCCUUUUGUCAUUUGCUACCAAACCUCAAAACUGUGCCGCAGAAGUAUAAGUGUUGAGAAGUACACAAAGAGAAAGGGAGAAUGUAUGGCUUAAUAUUUAUGUGUGAAUCUUUGAUGAGCAUAUUUUAUUUGGUUAUGUAUGUAUUUGGUUAUAUAUGUCUUUCUUUUUAAUGUUAUGGCUUCUAGAAAUACAGGAUAUAAAAGUUCUCUUCAUACAGGAAAAAGAGCUGAACAACAAUGCUGAGGUUUGCUGUCACCCUCUUUGCUGUCAUAAUGUCAUCCACCUGCCGAAAGUUUGGAUGUCUGGAAGGGAACACCCACAAACUGAAGCCAAGUCCUGAGCCAAAUAUGCGUGAAUGCACUCUGUACUCUAAAUCUUCCUGUUGCUAUGCAGACUUCACAGUGCAAUUGGCUCGUUCCCCGGUAAUUAAAGUAAGCAACAGCUACUGGAACAGAUGUGGGCAGCUCAGUAAACCCUGUGAAGAUUUCAUGAAGAAAAUUGAGUGUUUUUACCGGUGUUCUCCAUAUGCUGCUCGCUGGAUCCAUCCCAGCUACACUGCUGCUAUUCGGUCUGUUCCACUGUGUCAAAACUUUUGUGAUGACUGGUAUGAAGCCUGCAAAGAUGAUUCCACAUGUGUUCGUAACUGGCUGACAGACUGGGAAAGGGAUCGAAGUGGAGAAAACCACUGUAACAAUAAAUGUAUUCCAUACAGUGAGAUGUACACAAAUGGGACUGACAUGUGCCAGAGUAUGUGGGGGAAGUCAUUUAAGGUGAGCAAGUCCUCUUGCCUCUGCUUGCAAAUGAACAAGAAGGACAUGGUGGCAAUCAAGUAUCUCCUCUCCAAGAGCUCAGAGGAAAGCUCCAGCAGCAGCAGCUCCAGCAGCAGCAGCAGCAGCAGCAGCAGCAGCAGCAGCAGCAGCAGCAGCAGUGAGGAGCAUGCCUGCCAAAAGAAGCUCCUGAAGUUUGAGAAACUAAAGGGAGAGGAAAAGGAACAUACAAGAUAAAUGCUGGUGGAUGUAUGUCAGGACAAGAGAAAUCACCAUGGAGGCUGGGCUCAGGGCACUACGCCAGCCUGCUUUAUCCCUUAUUUCCUAGAACAUAAUAAAUCAAUGGCUGGUUAUAUUAAUCUUCCUCUGAUGUUUUUGCAUCUGCAUCACAAAGCUCCCAGACAGGUUAGCACAGGUGUAAUCUUGUGACUUGAACUGAAGAGCGAGAAGCCUGAAGGUAACAUCUAGGAGUUCACUUUCAAAGAGGAGAGGCACAGGCAGCUCCUGCUUACUUAAGGUGGAACGGUGAGAACUAGAGAGCUUUGAAAGGCCAUGCCAGUAAUGCACCAAAUCUUCAGCCCAAACCCUUGAUUAGCAUAGGCACACAGCACUCCUGUCACGAGUUCCUCCGUGCCUGGCACUGCUCAGAUGAAAAAGAAAUGCUGCAGGCAGAAAUAGGUCAGUGAGCCUGGCUACUGACCACUAAAAGUGUAGUUAUUUUGUAUCUCAAAAACAUUUUCACAAAACAGGGGGUUGUGGUCUACUAGAUAAAUCCCUGGAUCCAUACAUUGCCAGAAUACAGUAUGCAGUCUGUUGCAGUGGGCUUUUUUCUUAAGCAACAGCAGUACAAAAGACUCCUGCAUAUGAAUUUGAAGCAUAAUUCUAGUGCAAUUAAUCUCACUGAAUGAUUCCAAACAGAAUGUUCCCUGAUUAUCAAAUGGAAGUGUCAGAGAAGGCCCCAAUCAGGUUUCUCCCAUCAGCAAUUCAGCUUCCCACCAUCACUGUUACAAUCAAACUAAAACCAAAAUCUGCAGCAGUCCCAGAGGGACUCACCAAGUAAGGAGAAAUGAAGUCCUGCUUUCAGUUAUGCAUCCACACCCCCUCUGACAUGGCUGCAGAGUGGCAGGUCAGUGCCAUUCUCUACAGCCUUUCACAGUGGUAUCCCCAGGAAAACCAUGAGAAGGAUUUAGCUG